AUGGCACCAUUGUUGCUUGACGACGUGGUCAUCUUCUUCAGCCAGCGAGAGUGGGCUCUGCUGACUGUUGCUCAAAAGAGACUCUACAGGGAGGUGAUGAUGGAAAUCUUAGACAACCUGGAUUUCAUAGCAGGCCGUGAACACAUGAAUGACGGAGAAGCAUUAUCCCUUGAAUGUACUCAGCUGGCAUUCUUAAGGACUACCCACCCUUGGUCUUUCAUGUUACAGAAAAUGGCAAAACUCCGUGGCAAAGAACAUCUACAUAAACUCAAAGAGAACUGUUGGAGAAGUCAAACAGUCCAGGAGCUGUGUGAAGGGAUUGAAGACCCUGGGAAAAUGCGCAUCAGAUUUCCAAGUUAUUCCUGCAACCGUGUUGACAUAAACCUGUUGAGGAGUGACCUUGGUAACACCGACCAUGAAUACAGCACAGGAAAGAGAAACAUUGACCAUGUAGAGAAGCCGUAUAAUUGUAACGUAUGUGGAAAAUGCUUUCCUUCUUUGGCAUGCCUUAGAAGACAUGUGAGAACACAUACAGAUGAGAAACCUUAUGAGUGUCACCAGUGUGGGAAAGCCUUUCAUCUGCUUUCUCUUUUAACUCUCCAUUCCAAAUUUCACUCAGGAAAGAGACCUUUUCAAUGUAUGGAAGGUCACCUCACUUUACAUAGAAGAGUUCACACAGGAGAGAGACCUUUUAAGUGCCAAGACUGUGGGAAAACAUUUUCCCAUUCAAAGAAGCUCACUGUACACAGAAGAAUUCACACAGGAGAGAGACCUUACAAAUGUCAAGACUGUGGGAAAACAUUUUCACGAUCAGAUACACUCACUCAACAUAAAGGAGUUCACACAGGAGAAAGACCUUACGCAUGUCAGGACUGUGGGAAAGCGUUUUCAGAUUCAGCGUGUGGGGAUCCUUCAGUGAUGGUGAAUGCUGCUGGGUCUGUUUUUGCACUGUUGUAA